UUAGUUCGCGCGCGGGGCCACGGCGAUUGAAACGGCCGACGGAGCGACGACAAACGGACACGAGACAGCGGUGAAAAUAAAGACAGAGGCUAAUAAAAGAGAUAGAGAGAGAGAGCUAAAGAAGUAGAAAAAAGAAAGAGUGGGCGGUUUAAAAAAGUGGAGGGGAAAAGAGCGGGUGUAGAUAAAAAAAAAAAUUUUUUUUACCAUCAGGGAGGGAGAUCACAGUGGCAGCCUGACGAGUAGUGAGAAUAAAUAGUGACGAAUAUAAUUAUUGUUUGACGAAUCAACGAAGCAUCGAACAACGAGAGACCGAUCGCGAUUUUUAACGACAUUCUUCACGGCUGCUUCAUUAUUAUUGUUAUUAUUUUAAUAUUUUAUUUACUGACAUUACUUGAAAUUUUUUUUAAAUUUAUAACUGCGUUUUUUGACGGAUUUAUUUGUCAUACAAGCAACUUUGUGCGUGGAAGAGAGAGGGAGAGACUCUCUUCUUCGAACGAGUGCUUAUUAAGGCAAAGUGUGCAAGUUCCCCGUUAAUUACUACACCUUAGGACUACUUUGUUAACGCUAUUUUAAACAAAAAGUAAAACAAGGAGGAAGAAAUAAAAUAGUUAACCGAAAAUAAUAGGGCGCAAAAAGGCGCUCGUCAGUUUGAAUGUUGCCAUCAGGAGAGUCGUGUAAUUAAAGUGACACCAGCCGGAAUAAUUUAUUAUUUAAAAUAAAAUAUCUAAAAUAAGGGUGACACCCCGUUAUCACAAUGGGGGUCGCCGACGAUUUCGCGCCCAGCUUCACGCAGAAGCCUCAGCUUCGGCAGGAGGAUGAGGGCAAUCGUCUUAUCUUCGAGUGUCAGCUCGUAAGUUCUCCGAAACCCGAAAUUUCGUGGUUUCGCGGCGAUGAACAGCUUAAAGAGGACACUCGGACGAACUUCAAAAUUCAAAGUGUCGGGACCAACAAGUUCCUCGUUGUUCUUGAGAUUGAUGAUGUUAUUGAAACGGAUGCUGGACUCUACAAGGUCAAGGCCAUGAACAAAAUGGGCGAGGUCGCUGCGUCGAUCAACUUGAACUUCAGUCCAAUGGACGAGCCUAGAGAAAAACAAAUCGACGGAAUCGCACCGACUUUUGCGAAAAAACCGGCUAUAAGACAAGAAGAUGAUGGAAAAAGAUUACUAUUUGAAUGUCGUAUUACUGCUGAUCCCACACCUAAAGUUUCGUGGUUUCAUGAUGGGAAUCUCGUUAAAGAUUCACCGAGACACAAGUUGUCUGUUGACAAAGACGGACACUCAUACUUCGCAACACUUGAAAUUAAAAAUGUGACAGUAGAGGAUGCUGGAAAAUACAAAGUCACUGCGAAAAAUGAACUCGGCGAAUCAAAUGCCACGAUAUCUCUAAACUUUGACAACGCAGAAGAUGCCGGUGGAUUCGCGCCCUCAUUCAUCGAGAAGCCGCGCAUUAUUCCAAACGAGAGUGGCACAUUGAUUACGAUGAAAUGUAAAUGUAAAGCAAAACCAAAGCCCGAAGUCACGUGGUUCCGCGGUAAUAGUGCCGUUAAACAGUCGUCGAAAAUUACAAUAAAGUGCAUCGACGUCGAAGAAGAUGUCUAUGAACUGACUAUGGAAAUAAAAGAUCCAACGGGUCCAGAUGGUGGCACUUACAGAUGUCAUGUACGAAAUGAAUUCGGGGAGAGCAACGCCAAUUUGAAUCUCAAUAUUGAGGCUGAACCAGAGCCCGAAGGCGAUGGUCCGACUUUCGUAGAAAAGCCGCGAAUCCAAUCGCAGGAUGGCGGAAAAGUUGUUAUUAUGGACUGUAAAGUCCGGGCUAAACCUAAACCGGAUAUUGUAUGGACACAUGCUGGCAAAGUUGUCAAGGAAUCAUCUAAAAUAUCGCUCAGUGUCGUUCAGGAGAAAGAAGAUAUCUAUUAUAUUAAACUGAUACUUAAUGACCCGGGUGCUGAUGACUCGGGACUGUACAAAUGUAAUAUAAAAAAUACCUUGGGAGAACUCAAUGCCAAUCUCACCUUAAACGUAGAAAUUAUUCCGGUGAUAAAAGAAAAGCCCAAGGUGGUUAAAAUUAUUAAGAAGAAGACGGUGAUUGUCGAGUGCACUGUCCUGUCUAAAUUUGCGCCGGACUGUACUUGGUUCAAAGAAACUCAAGCUGUUAAAGAAGACGAAAGACAUAAACUACACGUGGAAAAAGUUAAAGAAGGCGAGUUUGCGGUUAAAUUGGAAAUCGAACAGAUUUCAACUGCCGACAAGGGUAAAUACAAAUUGGUAGCGAGAAAUGAAAAAGGUGAAGCUACGUCUCAAGUUGUCGAGGUCGCUGAGUUACCAGAAGAAGUUGAAAAACCAAAGAUUGCCAGUGGAUUACAAUCGCGGACUGUCGAAUAUGGAGAAACUGUGGAAUUGUCUGCUUCUCUUACACGUCAAAAUAAAAAAGUCACUAUCGAGUGGUACAGAGACUCGACUGUAAUUACAAGUACAAAGAAUAUAACCAUUUCAUUUAAUGGAAUUGAAAUGAAAUUAGUAAUUACCAAGUCAACUGAAGAGUUUUCUGGCACUUACAAAGUGGUCGUCUCUAACGAAGCGGGCAAAGAUGAGUCGAGCACAACUGUAACAGUCAAGAAGCGCGAGGAAAAGAAAAAAGAGGAGGAAGAAGAAGAAAAGAAGAAAAAGAAGGUUGAGAAGAAGAAGAAAGAGGAAGAAGAAAAAAAUGAGGAGAAGAAAAUAGAGGAGAAGAAAAUUGAAGAGAAGAAAAAAAUAGAAGAAGUUAAAAAAGUUGAGGAGAAAAUGAAAAUAGAAGAAAUAAAAAAAGUUGAAGAGAAGAAGGAGUUAUCAGUGUCUGAAUCAAACGGGGAUCAUGAUCAUGACGACAGUAGUAGUGAAUUGAGUGAGGAAGAAGAAAGUGAUGAAGAAGAAAUAGAGGAAGGUUCGGUGAGUGUCGUCGAGUCCAGCAUUACAGAAGCUAUCAUUGACGAACCUAAGUCCGAAGCUUCUGAUUAUUUUGUUAUCACCGAGGACAAGCCUGAAACCAAAACAAAUGGUAUCGACAAACCCGACAAGAAAUCUGAGACUUUGAAAAAAGAAGAAGAAUCUAUUAAAAAUGGCGAAGCAGUUGAAGAAAGAAAAUCUAUCAAGAAGAAAACUGAACCCAAACCAGAAGAAAAGAAAGAACCUGAGAAGAAAACCAUCAAGAAGAAAGAAGCGGAAUCUAAAGAUGCCUCUCGUGAAACUACACCGAAACCCGAAAAAAUUUCAUCUCGUAAAACAUCGAUCAGUAGGGUAGAAGAAUUAAGAACCGAAAGUCGCAGAAGCUCUCUCGUCUCCACUACUGAGGAAACGAUCUCUGAAAAUGGUUCUCCCGUAUCCAGUAGACGGUCGUCAGUCCAGCAGGUUGAAGAGAAAAAAUCCGAAAGUCGGCGGUCUUCAAUUAUGGAGAAGUCCAAAGUCACGGAAAAGAAAACAAAGCCGGUGGAUAAACUGAAAUCUGAGGCAAGUGAGGAACCGAAGGAUAAACCAGACUCUAAAUCUAAAUUAUCCACGGAUGAACCAACGCCGAAGAAACGGUUAUCAAUUUCGAAGAAGACACCGGAAAACGAAUCAAAAGAGGCCAAACCGGAAGUAACGUUAAAACCCGUUGAUGCCAAAGUGGCAAAGCCUAAGGAAGAACCAAUUCCAAAACCAAAACCCACCCUUGGCAAACCCGAGGAGUCCAAGAAGGAUGAGCCUAUUAAACUUAAACCCAAAAGUAAUCUUCUUAAACCCGAAUUGAAGAAAGAAGAGGCUGUGCUACGACGAACGAGUUUGAAACCUGUUCAAAAGCCGGAAGAAAAAGAACUGAACAAGCUCGAACUUAAGAAAACGGAAAAAAGCAAAGUGGACGAAAAGAAAAAGUCAAAAACAUCAAAAGCAGACAAAGAAAAAAGUUACGAGCUUCCGGAAAUUCCCGACUAUGAGCGUCCAGUUUUGGAAAAACCACAAGAAUUUGAAUUCGGUGAAUAUGGAGGCCGUGAGAAGACCAAACUCGAUCGUCCGGCUACUCAGAAAUUCGAUUCAAAGCCAAAGUUACCGGAAAUAGUUGCACCUCAAGAGACACCAAAAAUCGAAGUUAUUCCUGAGACUACCCCAGUUAGCAGCAGAAGACCAUCACUUAUACCUGGAAGUGGUGCAAGUAGUCGUCGCGGUUCGUUAAUUCCUCCCGAGGAAUUGGGACGUAGGCCCAGUCUUAUCAUCAGCGACGAGGAGAAUAGAAAGCUGCGUCCGGGUGAGGUGAUUGAAGAGAAGAAGAAUAAACUUGGGCGCCCCGGUGUGGUGCAAAACAAACAGCGACGUCGUCCGAGCACGGACUUAAGGAGACCAAGCGUGGCGGACCUCGAGAAUAAGAUCAACCAGCCUAGCACACCACUCCGCGAUGUCGGACCAGGUGGACCACCGUCAAUUGUCGAUGUCCAGGAGUCAUACUCCGCCGUCGAGGACUCGACGGGUUAUCUCACCGUUCAGGUGGAAGGAACACCCGCUCCCACCUUCAAGUUCUACAAGGGUAUGACCGAAAUUAUCGAGGGCGGUAGAUACAAAUUUCUCACUGACAGCGAGACAAACUCCAUCACACUUUGUAUGCGAAAAACAAAACCCAACGAUGAAGGAACAUAUAAAAUUGUCGUCAGUAAUAUACAUGGGGAAGAUUCUGCGGAGAUGCAACUUUACGUCUCCGACGCAAGUGGUAUGGAUUUCCGAACGAUGUUAAAAAAACGAAAAUACGCAAAAUGGGGUAAAGAAGAUCCAGAUCAAGAGAAGGUAGACCUCAAAGAGGUUGAGAAACCUAAGCCAGCUUUGAAAAAAGUCGAAAGAACUAGUGGAUCACGUAGGCAGUCACUAGCUGAAUUAAUACCCGACUGGCCGACCCUUCAUCACUUCGUCAAGACGGAGAAGCAAGACUCAUUCUUAAAACCUCUGGUUGAUCAAUACGCCAAAGAGGGUAAAGAUAAAAAGGUGACGUUUGAUGCGAACUUCUCUAAGCCGAACGCUAAACCUAAAUGGUUCUUCCGUAAAGAUGAAUUAUUCCCAUCAUCGAAAUAUAAAUUCAAAAAUGAAGAGGAUUCGUACCAACUUAUUAUUUCAACUCCUAAAGUUGAAGAUACCGGUAAAUAUACAAUUGACAUCGGCGGAAUAUCGUGUACUGCUUUCUUGACCGUUGACGAACCCGAUCCAUCUUACACUUUUAUCAAGCCGUUGUCGAAGGAAACGCAGGGUUACUCAUUGCACGAAGCUUAUAUGGAGUGUACUUUGAGCUCGAAUUUGGCUCAGGUCACUUGGUACAAAGGAAAAACAAAACUUGAGGAUGGGGACAUCUACAGUAUCUCCAAAGACAUGUCGGGUGUCUGUAGAUUGACAUUGAAAAAUGCUAAAUUGGAAGACAGUGGUGAAUAUAGUUGUAAAAUAAGUAAACAGAAUGAAAAGACCGAAACUACUCUUAAAAUUAUCGAGUAUCCAUACAAGUUUGUAAAAGUACUGAAAAGUCAAACGGCAGUUGAGAAAGACACAAUUACGUUACUCUGCGAGCUUGAUGACGCUGCUGGUGAAGUAAAAUGGUUCAAAGGUGACCAAGAAGUCACUGGAGACAAGAGAAUUCAAAUAAAAGUCGAUGGACGGAAACGGAAACUCGUUAUCAAAGAUUGCAAAGUCACAGAUGCUGGUCAAUAUUCGUGUGUUAGUAAUGCCGACAAAACGGAAGCUGAAAUUAUUGUCAAUUAUUUGAACAGUUUCAACAAGAAAUUAAAAGACACGACAGCCAUCGAACGUGAGAAAUGUGUCCUCGACAUUGAACUCCAAGACCAAACGGCUUCAGCUGAGUGGCUGUUUAAUGGAAAACCGAUCGAAACGAACGACCGUAUCGAGAUAAAGAAUCUUGGUGGCGGUAAGCAUCAGUUGGUCUUCAACAAAGCCGAAAUGACCGACGAGGGUGAAAUCACCUGCAAGAGCGGCGAGCUUUCAAGCAGCUGUAAAUUGUCAGUUCGUAAGGGUGAGAGUAAACCGAUCGCUGAGAUUCCUGACAAGGUAGAAGGACCUUGUUCAGCGCCGAUUGUCUUCAUUAUUCCUUUCAAGAUUGACGGAACUAAGCAGACUCCUGUUGAAGCAAAACUUAUGAAAGACGGCAAAGUACUACCUCUAAAAGACGUGGAAGUCGUUGUAGGGGAAGACAAAAUAACGUACAAGAUAAAGAAACCGCAGCGCAAUCAAUCGGGCAUCUACCAGGUCAACAUCAGCAAUGGACAGGGUGAAGAAGUUAAAGAUGUCAAUAUAGUUAUGCAAGACGUUCCUUCUCCUCCACGAGACGUCGACGUGUCUGAAGUAUUCGCUACUUCUUGCGUCGUGUCUUUCAAACCUUCUGAAGACGAAGGAGGCUCACCGAUCACCAAGUACGUGAUCGAACGAUUGGAUAUGAGCUUAAAGAACCAGUGGGACAGCGUGGGCGAGGUAAUGCCUGGUGAGAAAUGCGUCUACAAGGUCGAAGACCUUAAAGUUAAGAAAGAAUACAAAUUCCGUAUUCGUGCUGUCAACAAAAUUGGUACGAGUGAACCAGCACUCUUUGGCAAACCGGUGUUAGCUAAAGAUCCGUGGGACGAACCUGGCAAGCCGGGCAAUGUCGAAGUAGUCGAUUGGGAUGUAGAUCACGCGGACUUGAAAUGGACGAAACCUGAUAGCGAUGGAGGAGCUCCGAUUACUGGUUACAUCAUUGAAUACAAAGAAAAGUUCGGCAAGGAGUGGGUCAAAGGUAAAGAAAUCGAUGGCGAUGUUACUUCAGGUACCAUCGAUGGACUGAAAGAAGGCACGCAGUAUGAAUUUAGAAUUCGCGCGGUCAAUAAAGCUGGCCCGGGUGAACCUUCAGACGCGACGAAGCCCAUAAUUGCUAAGUGCCGAUUCGUCAAGCCAUUUAUUAUUGGCGACCAAUUAACUAAUUUGGUGGUUAAAAAGGGACAAGUUAUUAAAUACGAUAUUAAGUAUGGCGGCGAACCGGAUCCUGAGGUCCACUGGUUCUUGGGCUCAAAGGAAUUGGCUCAGGAUUCUGCGGAGAGAAUAACUAUUGAUAAGUAUGAGCGAAAUACUGUUUUGACAGUACGUAAAACUGUUCGGGCUGAUUCUGGUAAAUACAAACUGGUAUUGAGCAAUGGCUCAGGUGAGUGUGAAAGCGCAGCUGAUGUCGUGGUGCUAGACAAACCCACACCACCAAUGGGACCACUCGUCACUGAAGAAGUCCGCUCUGACCACGUCACCGUCAAAUGGAAGCGGCCUCAAGACGAUGGAGGAACUGACAUAACGGGUUACACACUCGAAAAAAUGGAUUUGGACACCGGAAGAUGGAUCCCUGCUGGAGAAGUCGGUCCCGACAAAGACAGUUUUACCUUCCAAGGUCUUACGCCCAAUAAAAAGUACAAAUUCCGGGUCAAAGCUGUCAACAAAGAAGGUGAAUCUGAGCCACUGGUUACUGACGAAGCUAUCUUAGCUAAAAACCCAUAUGAUGAGCCAGAUAAACCCGGAAAGCCUGAGAUAUUUGACUAUGACAACAUGAGCGUGUCAUUGAGAUGGGCUAAGCCUGAGAAAGAUGGUGGGCGGCCCAUUACUCACUACGUUGUUGAAAUGAAAGACAAAUUCUCAGCUGACUGGACUGAAGUCAUGAAGACCACAGACGCAACACCCGAAGCUAAAGUCGAAGGCUUAAAAGAGAAGAUGGUCUAUCAGUUUAGAGUACGUGCUGUCAACAAAGCUGGCUCUUCACAACCAAGUGAACCCACUGACAACCAUAUCUGUAAGCACAGAAACUUGAAACCGAGAAUUGAUCGUACAAAUUUGAAAUCGGUUGUUAUCAAAGCCGGACGUACCCACAAAUGGUCAGUGGAUGUCAUCGGUGAGCCUCCUCCAACUACCAACUGGAUAUGGAGAGACAACAUCCCUCUGACUACGACAGAGCGCAUAAAGAUUGACAACGUUGAGUAUCACACAGACUUUACGAUUGUCAACGCGACACGCAAAGACACCGGAAAGUAUACUCUGGUAGCUGAGAACAUCAAUGGGCGCGAUGAGGAAGCUGUUGAACUGACCGUUUUGGGUAAACCUGAUGCUCCUGGUGGUCCACUUGUGGUAUCAGACGUGACCAGCACGAGCGCUAAAGUAAAAUGGCAGAAACCUGAAGAUGACGGCGGUGUUCCGAUAAAAGAGUAUGAAAUCGAACGAAUGGAUACCAAAACCGGAAAAUGGGUUCGCUGUGGUAAAGUACCAGGAAAUUCAGACAAAAUGGAAUUUGAUAUCACGGGACUUAAUCCUGGUAGUCAGUAUAUGUUCCGCGUGACAGCAGUUAAUGAUGAAGGCGAUUCAGAACCAUUGACAAGUGACAAACCAACAUUGGCCAAGAAUCCGUUCGACGAACCACACGCUCCAGGUACUCCGCUGAUCACGGACUAUGACAAUGAAUCAGUCAGUAUCAAGUGGACGGCACCAGAUUUCGAUGGUGGAUCUCCAAUUGAAAAGUACAUUAUUGAGAAGAAAGACAGGUACAAGCCAGACUGGGAGAAGGCGAUGGAAGUGCCAGCUAGUGAGGGAUUGGCUGCGCGUGUUAUGGGUCUAAAAGAUCGUGCUGAGUAUCAGUUCCGAGUUAUUGCUGUUAAUAAAGCUGGCGAAUCGCCGCCUUCUGAUGCUUCUAAGAUGCAAAUGGUCAAGCACAAAGCAUUGAAACCGAAAAUUGACCGUACAAACUUGAAGCCAAUAGUAGUAAGAGCCGGCAAAGCAAUAAAGUAUGAUGUUGAUGUCCGUGGAGAACCACCACCAGAAAUCACUUGGUACCACAAGGAUCAACUGGUAAAAUCGGGUGGAAAUAUCGAGAUCGUUAAUGUUGAUUAUAAUACCAAGCUCAGCAUCAACGACUCUGUACGCAAAAAUACUGGGGUUUGGAAAAUUAAAGCAGUCAAUGCUUCGGGAGAAGAUGAAGCGGAGGUAGAAGUGACUGUUCUUUCGGCACCAGGUCAACCUAAAGGGCCACUCAAAGUGUCGGAUGUUACUAAGAACGGAUGUAAAUUAAAGUGGGAGAAGCCAGAAGACGAUGGUGGAAAACCGAUUACUGGAUACCAAGUCGAGAAGUUCGACAAGACAACAGGUCGCUGGGUUCCAGUCGGCCGGACUAAUGAUACGGAAAUGGACGUCAAAGGUCUGACAGAGGGACACGAGUACGAAUUCCGUGUGAAAGCUAUCAAUGACGAAGGAGAAUCUGAGCCUCUUAACACAUCCGGUGGUAUUGUUGCUAAAAAUCCAUUUGAUUUGGCUGGCAGACCUGGAGUCCCGGAACUCGAAGACUGGGAUGUCGAUAGAGUUGAUUUGAAGUGGGCGCCACCCAAAACCGAUGGAGGCGCUCCUAUUACUGGAUACAUCAUUGAAAAGAAGGAGAAAUUUUCAACGCACUGGGAAGAAGCUACGGAAACUCGUUCACCUGAGCCUAAAGGACGCGUUACGGGAUUGAAAAAAGGUUCAACUUAUCAGUUCCGUGUACGUGCUGUCAACAAAGCCGGCCCUUCAGAGCCCAGUGAUCCUACUAAACCUCAUGUUGCUAAAGCGCGUUAUCUCAAGCCGCACAUUAAUCGUGACAAAUUGCAAAUGAUCAAAGUACGUGCUGGUCAACACGUAAAGUUGGAAGUUGAUGUUGAGGGUGAACCUCCUCCAACGAUAACUUGGGCACGUGGCAGUUUAGUUCUCGAAAAUACACCGGAUUUGAAAAUCGAGAAUGAAGAUUACUUGACUAAGCUCAAUUUAUCUCACACGAGUCGUAAGGAUACGGGUAAAUAUACUAUCACGGCUGUCAAUGAUUCUGGUCGCGAUGAAGCUGAAGUGGAGAUAAUUAUAUUGGAUAAACCUGGAAAACCGGAAGGGCCUCUGGAGGUAGUAGAUGUCCACAAAGAAGGCUGCAAAUUGAAGUGGAAGAAACCUAAAGACGAUGGUGGUCUACCGUUAUCGAGUUACAUCGUCGAAAAAAUGGAUCUGGUGUCCGGAAGAUGGGUCCCAGCUGGUGUUGUAGAUCCUGAGAAAACUGAGCACGUUCUAACUGGAUUGGAACCUGGACACAAGUACGAGUUUCGCGUAAAAGCUGUCAAUGAAGAGGGCGAAUCAGAGCCACUUAAUUCAGAAGGCGCUAUUGUUGCCAAAAAUCCGUUCGAUCCACCAGGUGCUCCUGGUCUACCAGAAAUCAAUGACUGGUCCGAGAACACAGUCACCUUGAAAUGGGAACCACCGAUGCGUGAUGGCGGUGCUCCGAUAACUGGAUACAUUAUCGAAAUGAAAGAGAAAUUCGAUACGAGUUUUACCAAAGUCGUUGAAACGUCUGGACCUAAAUGUGAAGGUAUAGUCCCACGAUUAGUCGAGGGUAAUCAGUAUCAAUUCCGAGUGCGUGCUGUAAACAAAGCAGGACCUGGUGAACCCAGCGAAGCGACCAAUCCGCAUACUGCCAAAGCGCGAUGGUUGAAGCCGCACAUCGAUCGUACCAGUCUCCAACCGAUGACAGUGAAAGUCGGACUGACUAUCAGCUUAAAUGUCAACAUAAUUGGUGAACCUCCUCCAAUAGUAAACUGGUUCUUCAAAGACACUCAGUUGAAAACAGACGAUAUUUACCGUAUCGACAACAUCGAUUACAAUACAAAGUUCUUUGUAAUGAAAGCCAAGCGUAAGCAUACUGGCAAAUAUACGAUUCGAGCGACAAAUGAAGUGGGUGAAGACGAAGCAGACAUUGAAAUUACUGUUGUCGGUAAACCAACGAAGCCCAAAGGACCGCUCAGUGUUACUGACGUUACUAAACAUGGUUGCAAAUUGAAGUGGCAUCGACCGGAUGAUGACGGCGGUUGUCCAAUCGAAUACUACGAAAUUGAAAAACUCGAUCCGCUGUCAGGCGCAUGGGUUCCGUGCGCUCGUUCCACUGAACCUGAAGCCAAUAUUACUGGAUUACUUGAGGGUAAACCUUACAAGUUCCGCGUGAAAGCGGUUAACAAAGAGGGUGACUCUGAAGAAUUAGAAGCAGAUAAAUCAAUAAUUGCUAAAAAUCCAUUCAACGAACCCAGUAAACCAGGACGCCCUGAACUCAAAGACUGGGACAGAGAUUUCGUUGAUUUGUCUUGGACUCCGCCGGAAGACGAUGGUGGAGCGGUGAUUGAAAAAUAUAUCGUACAAAUGCGCGACAAAGAUGGAAGACAGUGGGUCGAUGCCGCGAUGGUCGUGGGCGAUAGAACUAAUGCCAAAGUAACUGAAGGAAUCGAACCGGGACAUGAAUAUGAAUUCCGUGUUGUGGCAGUCAAUCGCGCUGGACCCAGUGAACCCAGUGAUGUCUCCAAGAGUGUUGUGGCCAAACCAAGAUUCUUGGCUCCACGAAUUGAUAGGAAGAAUCUCGGAAAGAAGACCUUGCGCAUUGGACAAAUGCUACGUCUUGAAGCUGACAUCAAAGGCGAACCGCCACCAAAAGUUACCUGGCAGUACAAAGACACGAUCCUGAAGCCAAUGGAUCGUUUGAAGAUCGACAAUGAAGAAUAUCAUACAUUGUUUAUUCUCAAUAAACUUAAGAGAGCUGACACAGGAACUUACACCGUGACGGCGGUCAAUGACAGCGGAACUGAUAAAGUUGACAUAGAAUUAAUAGUCCUCAGUAAACCAACGAAACCCAAAGGGCCGCUAGAUGUGUCUGAUGUCACUGCAGAAGGAUGUAAGUUGAAAUGGAAUGCACCGGAAGAUGACGGAGGUGAACCAAUCGAUCAUUAUAUCGUUGAACGAAUGGAUGUAGACACUGGAAGAUGGGUUCCCUGUGCCACGAGCAAAACACCCGAGGCUGAAAUUGGCGGAUUGAAUGAAGGCAAAGAUUACAUGUUCCGAGUGAAAGCUGUCAAUGCUGAAGGUGACUCAGAGCCUUUGGAAACCGACCUUCCCACUACAGCUAAGAAUCCCUUCAAAGAGCCUGAUCCUCCGGGCAAACCUGAGCUCAAGGAUUGGGACAAACGGCACGUGGUGCUCAAGUGGAAGCCACCUAAGCGCGAUGGUGGAGCGCCAAUUGAAAAAUACAUUAUCGAAAAGAAAGAUAUGUAUGGAAAGUGGCAGAAAGCAACUGAAGUACCUGGUGAUAAGACUCAGGGUACGGUUGAAGAUUUAACCGAAGGACAAAAGUACCAGUUCCGAAUUAAAGCUGUUAACAAAGGCGGUGUUAGCCAGCCGAGUGACCCUAGCGACAUUCUAACGGCCAAGGACAGAUUUGCUGCGCCACGAAUCGACCGUACCAACCUCCGCGAUCUUACUAUCAAAGCUGGUAAUCAUAUCAAACUGGAUGUUAAAGUUUCCGGUGAACCUCCGCCAUCUAAAAUCUGGUGGCACAAUAAAGUCCGUCAGGAAGACGGGGUCACUGUUACAAUUGAAACCGAAGAUUACCGCACCAAAUUCAUUGUGUCCUCGGCUACGAGAGCUAACUGUGGAACUCUGACUCUCAAAGCGGAAAACGACUCGGGCAAAGACGAGGCUUCCAUCGAAAUUUUGGUGCUGGACAAACCCGCCAAACCCGAGGGACCACUUAAAGUCAGCGAUAUCCACAAAGAAGGAUGCAAACUCAAGUGGAAUCCACCUCUUGAUGACGGUGGUGUUCCAAUCGAGCACUACAUUGUGGAAAAAAUGGACACGGAAACCGGCAGAUGGAUACCCGUUGGGCGAACCAAGGAUAAUAAUUUCGAAGUUGAGAAUUUGGUUCCCGGUCAAGAGUAUAAAUUCCGUGUGGCUGCGGUCAAUGCCGAAGGAGAGUCGGAACCAUUAGUAACCGACCACAGCAUCGUGGCCAAAAAUCCAUUUGAUGAGCCAGGUGCACCAGGUAGACCAGAGGCUACCGACUGGGACAAAGAUCACGUUGACCUCAGAUGGACUCCACCGUUACAAGACGGCGGAUCUCCAAUCACUGGUUACAUGAUCGAGAAACGCGAGAAAGGCUCACCCAAGUGGACGAAGGCUUGCGAAACAAACAGUCCUGACUGCAAAGGACGUGCGGAAAAUCUUGAUGAAGGUGUCGAAUAUGAAUUCAGAGUAAGAGCUAUCAAUGCUGCCGGACCAGGCGAACCCUCCGACGCAAGUAAAUCUAUCGUAGCUAAAAGUCGCAGAGUGCCACCUAAAAUCGACAGACGUAAUCUACGCGAUGUCAACAUUCGCGAAGGCGAGCGCUUCCACUUUGACGUUAAAGUUAUCGGUGAGCCAGCUCCUGAAGUCACCUGGGUUAUCAAUGACAAGAACAUUCACAUAACGACACACCGCCGUGUUGUUAAUGAGCCGAAUAAUACUAAAUUCUUCAACGACAAAGCAGAACGCAAAGACACGGGAAUUUAUAAAAUUACGGCGGUCAAUCAGUUCGGUAGCGACACUGCUGAAGUUGAGGUCACUGUUGUCUCAAAACCAGCGAAGCCCGAGGGACCUCUCGACGUGUCGGAUAUCCACAAAGACGGAUGCACUUUGAAAUGGAGAAAACCAAAAGACGACGGUGGAGAGCCGAUCGAAGGAUAUCUUGUGGAGAAAUACGACCCAGAAACUGGCGUUUGGUUGCCAGUUGGCAAAUGUGCCGGCACUGAGAUGAAGGUUGAUGGCUUGACCCCGGGUCAUGAGUACAAAUUCCGCGUAAAAGCCAUCAAUUCUGAAGGAGAAUCUGAGCCACUGGAAACUUAUGGAUCCAUUAUUGCCAAAGAUCCAUUCACUGUACCAUCGGCACCUGGUGCUCCAGAGCCUACAGACUGGUCAGCAAACACGGUCGACUUGACCUGGCGAGAGCCUUUCUCCAAUGGAGGAUCACCAAUCACUGGGUACAUUAUCGAGAAGAAAGACAAAUACAGCGCGAUGUGGGAAAAGGCUUUGGAAUUGACUGAGCCAUCAACCGAAGCGCAUCUUACGGGACUUAUUGAAGGCAAUGAGUACCAGUUCCGUGUGAUUGCUGUUAAUAAAGCCGGACAGUCAGAACCUGGAGAUGUCAGCAAGACCUUCCUUGCUAAGCCACGCUUCCUGGCACCAAAGAUCGACCGAAGACAUCUGAGGGACGUGACUCUGUCUGCGGGUUCAACACUCAAGUUUGACGCAAAUAUCAUCGGUGAGCCAGCACCACACGUAGACUGGCGUUGCUCAUCAAUACCAAUUGUAAAUGGAAAGACUGUUACGCUUGAAAAUCCACCCUACAGUACGAAAUUAGUCAUUAGACCAGUAGUUCGCGGUAAUACGGGCGAGUAUGUUGUUACGGCAACAAACACAUCUGGUAAAGACAGCGUGACAAUAAAUGUAGUUGUCACUGACAAGCCAUCGGCGCCUGAAGGUCCAUUGGAGAUCUCGGAUGUGCACAAAGAAGGCUGCAAACUGAAAUGGAAACGUCCACUUGAUGAUGGCGGUACACCUGUCGAAUACUAUCAAGUUGAGAAGAUGGAUCCGGAUACUGGUUGUUGGAUACCUUGUGGACGCUCAACCGAACCUUCUGCAGAUGUAGUUGGUCUGACUCCAGGCAAAGAAUACAAGUUCCGGGUAUCUGCUGUCAAUGCUGAAGGUGAAUCAGAGCCAUUGACCGCCGAAGAAAGUAUCAUCGCCAAAAAUCCAUUUGACGAACCUGGCAAACCGGGAGAUCUUAAAGCCACUGAUUGGGACCGAGAUCAUGUGGACCUGGAAUGGAAACCUCCGCUAGAAGAUGGCGGGUCACCGAUUACUGGUUACGUUAUCGAGAAGAAAGACAAGUAUGGCGACUGGGAGAAGGCUUUAGAAGUACCUGCGGAGAUGACUUUCGCAACGGUACCAGAUUUGAUUGAAGGACAACCGUAUGAAUUCCGUGUUCGCGCUGUCAAUGCAGCCGGACCUGGUGAACCUUCAAAUGCAACUCCUACGAUUAUUGCCAAGCCACGCAAUCAACCACCGAUGAUUGACCGCACAAAUCUCGAAGAUAUUAAAAUUAAGGCAGGACAGAACUUUAGCUUUGAUGUUAAAGUUACUGGUGAACCGCCGCCAACGACCACGUGGUUGCUGAACAAUAGAGAAGUAUUCCCGUCUGAUCGUAUCAAGAUUAAAAAUGUUGACUACAAUACUAACUUGGGAGUACGAAUGGCGACGAGAGCUGACUCGGGCAGAUAUACCAUCAGUGCUCAGAAUACCAGCGGCAAAGACACAGCUACUGUCAAGGUAACGGUGCUGGACAGACCUGGAACACCAGAAGGACCGCUCAGAGCCUCAGAUAUUCAUGCUGAGGGAUGUACUUUGACGUGGAAUCCACCAGAAGAUGAUGGUGGACAGCCUAUUGAGUGCUACGUCGUUGAAAAAAUGGAUGACGCUACUGGACGAUGGGUUCCGGCAGGUCAAACUGACGGAGCUGAUACUAGUUUACAGGUUGACGGACUAACGCCCAAACACAAGUACAAGUUCCGAGUACGCGCAGUUAAUAAACAGGGUAAAUCAGAUCCAUUGACGAUGACACAGAAUAUUGAGGCGAAGAAUCCGUUUGACGAACCGGGCAAACCUGGAACACCGAAGAUUGUCGAUUACGAUCGCGACUUUGUUGAGUUGGCUUGGAGCCGUCCAGUUGAAGACGGUGGAUCACCGAUCACUGGUUACAUCAUCGAGAAGAAGGAUAAAUUCAAUCCCAAUUGGGAAGAAUGUGCUAAAGUUGAAGGGGACGUUACUAGCGGACGUGUUCCUGAUCUUAUUGAAGGUACACCAUAUGAAUUCCGCAUACGGGCUGUCAACAAAGGUGGACCAGGUAUUGCUUCAGACCCGACAAGUCCCCACAUUGCCAGACCAAAGAACUUGCCACCUAGAAUUGACCGCAAGUACAUGCUGGAUGUUAAAGUUAAAGCCGGAGCAUUCUUUGACUUUGAUGUACCGGUUAUUGGCGAACCGCCACCAACCAAAGAGUGGAAUUUGAAAGGCAAUACUGUCUCCAAUGACGACCGUAUAAAAAUUACCAACACGGAUUACAACACAAAGGUGCGUUUCAUGGACGCGAGACGUGCUGAUACGGGUACAUACACAUUGACAGUCAAGAAUGUCAAUGGAGUAGACAGCGCAACAUUGGAAGUAGUUGUUAUGGAUGUGCCAUCGCCUCCAGAGGGUCCUCUUAAAAUUGAAAACGUCACGAGACACGGCUGCUCGCUUAGCUGGCGACUACCACGUGACGACGGUGGAUCUGAAAUCCUUCACUACACCAUCGAGAAAAUGGACUCGGAGAGUAUGCGAUGGGUGCCCGCAGCCGAAUCUGAGAUUUGUGCCUGGAAAGUCGACCAUUUGAUUGAAGGACAUCAGUACACUUUCCGCGUCCGUGCAGUCAACAAGAUUGGUGAGUCUUUACCACUGACCGGUCUCGAUGAAAUCACAGCCAAAGAUCCAUUUGGCAAACCCGACAAACCUGGACAACCAGUUGCCACAGACUGGGACAAAGACCAUGUGGAUCUUCAAUGGACGCCACCGAAAAAAGAUGGUGGAUCGCCAAUUACUGGUUACAUUAUUGAGAAACGUCCUCGGUUUGGACAAUGGGAGAAAGCCAUUGAAGUAACAGGCAAAGAUUGCACCGCGCGUGUUCCGGAUCUCACUGAAGGUCAGGAAUAUGAAUUCCGUGUGAUUGCAGUCAAUCAAGGCGGACAAGGUGAACCUUCAGAAGCAUCAGCGCCUGUUAUCACUAAACCGCGUUUCCAAAGACCGACAUUCGAUAAAAUGUUGAUGCGUGAUUUGACAGUUCGUGCUGGUCAGAAAAUAUGCUGGGAUCUUCCUAUUGAGGCAGCACCAAAACCUACUGCCUACUGGACUCUUAAUGGUAAACCCAUUGAACAAGAUGCUCGUCAUGAAAUAUUUACCACGACAACGAAUACAACCUUUGAAAUCCCAUUCUCAGUACGCGCUGAUGCUGGUCGUUACACUUUGACUCUAGUAAACGACGUAGGAAAAAUGUCAGCAAGUGCUCAUGUUACGGUACUAGAUCGUCCUUCGCCACCAGAGAAACCGUUGGUUGUCAGUAAUAUAUGUAAAGACAGCUGUCAUUUGUCAUGGCAACUGCCACUCGAUGACGGCGGCAGCCCAAUUCUCCAUUACAUCGUCGAGAAGAUGGAUGUGUCACGUGGUACCUGGUCUGAUGCAGGUAUGGCGAUGACACUGAACCAUGAAGUCUUCAGACUGACUCAUCGUAAAGAGUACUACUUCCGUGUUAAGGCAGUAAACAAUGUCGGGGAAUCAGAUCCACUUGAAACGACCCGCAGUAUUGUUGCUAAGAACGAAUUUGAUGAGCCUGAUGCACCUGGCAAGCCAGUUAUCACAGACUGGGAUAAAGAUCAUGUGGAUCUUAGCUGGCCGGCACCUGAAAAUAACGGCGGAUCGCCCAUCACCGGCUACAUUGUCCAGAAGAAAGAAAAGGGCAGCCCUUACUGGAUUAACGCAGUGCAUGUUCCCAAUGAUAAAACUAGCGCAACUGCUCCAGAUCUUACCGAAGGAAUGGAGUAUGAAUUUAGAGUAAUUGCUGUCAAUGCAGCGGGACAAUCAGAACCGUCAGAACCUAGCGACGCAAUAAUUGCAAAGAGCCGUCAUCUUGCUCCGAAAAUUAAGACGCCAAUGGAAGACAUUCGUAUUAAAGCUGGAUUGGUCUUCCACGUGGACAUUGACUUCAUCGGCGAACCAGCACCUGAAGUCACUUGGACUCUGAACAAAAAAGCACUUCAGACAAAUGAACGAACGACAAUUACGUCAAUUGGUUAUCAUACUAUUGUACACACAGUCAACGCACAACGCGCUGAUUCAGGUCCCUACCAUCUGAUGCUGAAGAAUGACAGUGGUACAGACGAAGGCAGCUUCAAUCUAAUUGUCCUCGACCGUCCCGGUCCACCUGAAGGUCCUCUAGAAUAUGAAGAAAUAACCAGCCAAUCAGUCACUUUGUCCUGGAAACCACCGAAAGACAAUGGUGGCAGUGAAAUCACUGGAUACGUUAUUGAGAAACGCGAUCUCACUCAUGGAGGUGGCUGGGUACCAGCAGUUGCUCAUGUCAGUCCAACUCAGACACACGCGACAGUUCCACGUUUGAUGGAAGGUUCCAAGUAUGAGUUCCGCGUGUCUGCUGAAAACUUGCAAGGUCGCUCAGAUCCACUGAAAACAGAUCGCGCUAUUGUGGCGAAGAAUCAAUUCGUCGUCCCUGGACAACCAGGUAAGCCUGAGUGCCUUGACGCCAGCAAAGAUCACAUCCACAUCAAAUGGACACCACCAAUUAGCAACGGAGGAUCAUCGAUCCUUGGUUACGAGAUUGAAAGACGUGACCGUGCUACCGGACGCUGGAUAAGAAUAAACAAAGAAUUAGUCAAAGGACCGGACUAUCUUGAUGAACAUGUAGCUGAAGGUCAUCAGUACGAAUACCGUGUAUCAGCAGUGAAUGCCGCUGGAGCAGGAAAACCAAGUGACGCAUCUAAUGUCUUUGCUGCUCGACCAAUGAAAGAGAAACCUAAGCUCCAUCUUGAUGCUCUUCUUGGUCGGAAGAUUCGUGUACGUGCUGGUGAACCAAUACACGUUGAUAUUCCUAUCUCUGGAGCACCACCUCCACGUGUUUCAUGGCACAAAGACGGUGGCGCACUUGCUGAUAACUGGCGUAUAUCCACGCAAACCAAGAGCGAACACACUGUUCUGCUUAUUGAAAAAUCAACGCGCGAAGAUGCUGGAUUCUAUACUGUUGAAGCUACAAACGAAUUCGGUACUGAUAUGGCUGACAUCCAAGUGAUUGUCGUAGACAAACCUGAUCCUCCGAAAGGGCCACUUCUAUACUCAGGAACCAAUCACGAGUCAGUAUCUCUGUCAUGGAGUCCACCUGACGAUAACGGUGGAGCAGAAAUUACCAAUUACAUCGUUGAAAUUUGUGACUUUGGUUCGGACAAUUGGAGACAAGUACCAGGCUUCUGUCCCACUUGUCACUUUACCGCACGUGGCCUUCAGGAAGGCCGUCGCUACGUAUUCCGAGUACGUGCUGAGAACCUCUACGGAGUUUCAGAGCCACUAGAUGGCAAACCUGUGGUAGCUAAGAGUCCAUUCGACCCUCCAGGACCACCAAGUCAACCAGAAAUUCUUGGUUACACUCCGAACACAUGUACACUCACAUGGAAUCCACCUGAAAACACUGGCGGCAAGCCUAUUACUGGCUACUAUGUGGAGAAACGCGAACGAGGAGGCGAAUGGCUCAAGGUCAAUAAUUACGCGACACCUAACACAACAUUCUCCGUACAAGAUCUCCAUGAAGGCGGUCGCUAUGAAUUCCGUGUGAUUGCUGUCAAUGAAGCAGGCCCAGGUGAUCCAAGCAGAGCAACUGAACCAAUUGUUGCUGGACAUCAACGCUUACGACCUGACGCACCAGAACAGCCCAACGCAGAUCGUGUCACCAAGGACUCAGUCACUUUGUCAUGGCGGCCACCAAGAAAUGACGGUGGUGCUAAGAUACGUGGCUACUAUAUUCAAUCAAAGAGGAAGGACGAAUCAGACUGGUCAGAUGUUAAUGGAGCUCCUAUUUCUGGACUAAUUUACACUGUACCCAAGCUAAGACUCGGUGAUGAAUAUCAAUUCCGUGUAAUAGCUAUGAAUGAUGUUGGCAAGAGUGAACCGAGUCGUCCGACCAACCCCAUUACCAUUGAAGAGCAGCCCAACAAACCGAUCAUGGACUUGGGAGGCGUACGCGACAUUACAGUACGCGCUGGAGAAGAUUUCAGUAUCCACGUGCCAUACGUUGGUUUCCCAAGACCAACAGCUGCUUGGUUUGCCAAUGAUGUCGUGUUGGAUGAAACAGACAAACGAGUUCAUCAACAACUUGGCGAUGACUACGCCAGUAUCGUCGUCAAAAAUUCACGGCGCUCUGACGGAGGGCAAUACCGUCUCCAGCUGCGUAAUUCAUCUGGUUUUGACACAGCAACUGUCAAUGUUCGCGUGUUGGAUCGUCCAAGUCCACCACAGAAUCUACGAGCCGACGAAUUUGCCGGUGACGCACUCACGCUGUACUGGAACCCGCCUAAAGACAACGGCGGUGCUGAUAUCACAAACUACGUGAUUGAGAAACGCGAAGGUAGAGCUCAGACAUGGACGAAAAUCAGUGGCUACGUUACAGCGCCAUUUGUUCGUGUACGUAAUCUCAAUAUCGGCCAGGAGUACGAGUUCCGUGUGAUGGCAGAAAAUCAGUACGGGACUUCAGAUCCAGUUGAAACAAAAGAACCUAUCAAAGCACGUUAUCCAUUUGAUCCACCAAGCGCACCGGGUGUUCCUCAAGGUGUUGAGACAACUGAAGACAGUAUUACUAUCACAUGGUCUCGUCCACGUAGCGAUGGAGGAUCACCGAUCACCGGUUAUAUUAUUGAGAAACGUUUGCUGAGUGAAGACAAAUGGAUCAAAGCAACACCAGCGCGUAUUCCCGACACAACAUACAAAGUAGGCGGACUUAUCGAGAAUCACGACUACGAGUUCCGUGUGGCGGCAGUCAAUGCUGCUGGACAAGGCCCAUGGAGCAUGAGCUCAGACGCAAUUCGUGCAGCAGCUCCACAAUUCGCCCCGAAGAUUACCAGUGACUUGAGCAUUCGUGAUAUGACGGUAAUUGCUGGAGAACAUUUCACUAUCACAGUUCCGUACACUGCCAAUCCAAGACCUAAACCUAACUGGUCAAUCAAUGGCGAAGAAGUCCUUCAAGAUGACAGAAUCAAGUUCGAGACCACUGACAUUGCUUCGCAAUUCAUUAACCGCAAGGCCAAGAGAAGUGAUACCGGCUGCUACACCAUUCAACUCUCCAAUAUUAUUGGAACAGACUCAGCUUCAUGCAGAGUUCUGGUUGUUGACAAACCAUCUCAUCCUCUCGGACCACUCGAUGUAUCUGAUAUCACUCCCGAGACAUGCACAUUGUCAUGGAAACCACCGUUUGAUGAUGGCGGUUCACCAGUUACCAACUACGUUGUCGAAAAAUUGGACCCUGGCGGUUACUGGGUAAAAUUAAGCAGCUUCGUACGUAACACCCACUACGAAGUGAUGGGUCUUGAACCCAACCGGAAAUUCAAUUUCCGUGUGCGUGCUGAAAAUCAGUACGGAGUAUCAGAGCCCCUUGUUGGUGAUGAACCAAUUAUGGCUAAAUUCCAAUUCAACGUACCCGAGCCACCAGGUCAACCACGUGUCAUUGACUGGGACACCGACAGCAUCACAAUAUCAUGGGACAAACCAGUCUCAGACGGUGGAUCACGCAUCCAGGGCUACAAAGUUGAGUAUCGUGAUCCAACAGAUGGCAGCCACUGGCGCAUAGCCAAUGACUAUCUCGUCAAAGACACCCAUUACAUUUGCUACGGAUUGGCCCGUGGUCAAGAAUAUGAAUUCCGUGUUCGUGCACAAAAUGCCGCUGGACUCAGCAAACCCAGUCCACCAUCCAUACAAUUUAAAUUACGUAGCAAAUUCAACGUACCCUCACCACCUGGUACUCCUCAGGUUAUCAAAGUCGGUAAGAAUUACGUCGACUUACGCUGGGAAGCACCAACAUCAGACGGUGGAAGCCGAAUCACUGGUUAUGUCAUUGAGAAACGUGAGAUUGGAUCGGCAAUGUGGUUGAAGUGCAAUGAUUACAACGUAGUAGAUUUAGAUUACACGGUGAUGCAUUUGAUCGAAAGAGGUGACUAUGAAUUCCGAGUGUUUGCUGUCAAUGCUGCAGGCAGAUCAGAGCCAAGCUCAUGCACGACACCCGUUAAAGUCUGUGAAGUUGAAGGUGGCGAGAAACCCGAGUUCACUAAACCACUACCAAUCAGUCAAGGUGUUCCACUGGGCAAGACCUAUGUCUUGGAGUGCGAGGCAACUGGUAAACCAAUGCCGACUCCUAGAUGGCUGCGCAAUGGACGUGAAAUCACAAUGGGCGGACGAUUUAGAUCUGAAACACGUGAUGACGGUCUAUUUAGAUUGGUCAUAUCAGAAGUAUGGGAAGCUGACAGCGGUGAUUACAGUUGUCAAGCUGCUAAUCCAUUGGGAAUUGCUACGACAACAAUGAGACUGAAGAUCGGAACGCCACCGAAGAUUGAACGUAUGCCGAGUGCGCUUUAUCUGCCAGAGAAAGACAACACGAAGAUCAAGAUCUUCUACAGCGGAGAUCAGCCAAUGGACGUGAUGCUGAAGAAGGAUGGAUCCAGGGUAAUUGAAUCACCGCACAUCAAAUACACAAUCUUUGACGAGUACUUGAUUAUUUUCAUCAAAGACAUUAAUCGUGAAGAUGAAGGUGUCUAUGAGUUGUCUAUCAGCAAUGACAGCGGCAGUGUAAGUGGGUCAUUCACUGCCCACGUCACCGGACCACCUGGACCACCAGUAGGACCACUGGAAGCUUCUGACAUUGAUAAGCACACAUGUACACUCGCUUGGCAUCCGCCCAAGACAGACGGCGGUCUUCGUGUAACUCACUACGUCGUAGAACGACGUGAUGUUACACAAGGACACUGGUUAACCAUCUCCAGCAGUGUGAAAGACACCACGUUCACUGUCCAAGGACUAACAGAAGGUCACGAGUACAUGUUCCGCGUGAUGGCUGUCAAUGACAACGGAAUGGGUCCAGCUUUGGAAGGUACAAAUCCCGUCAAAGCCAAAGCACUAUUCGAUCGCCCAGGACCACCCGGUACACCCAAAGUUUUGGAGAUUGGAGGCGACUUUGUCAACUUGUCUUGGACUAAACCAGAGACUGAUGGAGGCGCUAGAAUUCAAGGCUACUGGAUUGACAAACGCGAAUCGGGAACAAUGGCUUGGCAACGUGUUAACAUCCUCAUUUGCCCUACGACUCAGAUAAACGUCAGCAAUCUAAUUGAAGGUCGUCAGUACGAAUUCCGUGUGUUUGCACAAAAUCAAGCGGGACUCAGUACAGAAUCAACUGCCUCUACCUCAGUGAAGAUUGUUGAUCCACAAGUCGCUAAACCUCCAGAGAUAAUUAAGGGUCUGAAGAACGUCAACUGCGCCCAGAAUGCCAAUGCAACAUUCAAGUGUAUUAUCUCAGGUACACCCGCGCCUAAUAUUACUUGGUACAAAGGAGCUCGUGAGCUACAGAACAGCAGCCGUUACCAGAUAUACUCUGAGAGCGACUGUCAUACUCUGGUGAUCCAAGAUGUCUUUGGUGAGGACGCAGACGAGUAUAUCUGCCGUGCAUCCAACAAAGGCGGUCACAAAUCGACUAAAGGCGAACUAUUUAUCAUGACACCACCAAAACUUAAUGUUCCUCCGCGAUUCCGCGACACUGCGUUCUUCGACAAGGGCGUGAAUGUCGUAAUCAAAAUUCCAUUCACUGGAUUCCCCAAACCCAAGAUCACUUGGAUACGCGAAGGUGAGACUAUCGAGUCAGGUGGUCACUAUCACGUGGAACUGAAAGAACGUCAUGCAAUCUUGACUAUCAGAGAUGGUAAUCGCAUUGAUUCAGGCCCGUACCGCAUUACAGCUGAAAAUGAACUAGGACAAGACUCAGCCAUAAUUAAAAUUCAGAUCAGUGAUCGUCCUGACCCACCACGAUUCCCAGUUAUUGACAAUAUCGGCCACGAUUCACUUGCAUUGACAUGGAAGCCUCCGAUAUGGGACGGCGGUAGCAACAUUACGAACUACGUUAUUGAAAAACGUGAAGCUCCGAUGACCAGCUGGAUCCGUUGUGGCAUGACGCGAUUCACCAGCUUCGCAGUACAAGAUCUAAGCCCUGGUCACCAGUAUGACUUCCGCGUAUGCGCAGAGAACGUUUACGGGCGUUCAGACCCAAGUGAGGUGACGCCUCUGAUCACCACGAAAGGCGCAAAGGCAAAACCACCCCAGAAACGGGAAGUACGUUACGACGAAAGUGGAAAGAAGAUCCGCGGCAGCAGUGACGAAAAAGUACGCGACUAUGAUCAGUAUGUCUUUGACGUCUACAGCAAAUACGUGCCCCAGCCUGUGGAAAUAAAGACAAUGUCAGUCUACGACAAGUACGACAUACUUGAAGAAAUCGGUACCGGUGCUUUCGGUGUCGUUCAUCGUUGCCGCGAACGUGCCACCGGCAACAUAUUUGCCGCUAAAUUUAUCCCCGUGUCACACAUUAUGGAGAAGGAAUUAAUCAGAAAGGAAAUAGAUAUUAUGAACCAAUUACAUCAUCCCAAAUUAAUAAACUUACACGAUGCAUUUGAAGAUGACGAUGAAAUGAUACUGAUCUUUGAAUUUUUGUCGGGCGGAGAAUUAUUCGAGCGAAUAACUGCCGAAGGCUACACAAUGUCUGAAGCCGAAGUUAUAAAUUACAUGAGACAGAUUUGCGAGGGCAUCAAACACAUGCACGAGAAGAAUAUCAUCCAUUUAGACAUUAAGCCAGAAAAUAUCAUGUGUCAAAUGAGAAACAGUACAAAUGUUAAGCUCAUUGACUUCGGCUUAGCCACCAAAUUAGACCCCAACGAAGUUGUCAAGAUCAGCACAGGAACUGCCGAAUUCGCGGCGCCCGAAAUCGUCGAACGCGAACCCGUCGGUUUCUACACAGACAUGUGGGCUUGUGGUGUCCUUGCUUACGUAUUACUCAGCGGUCUGUCGCCAUUCGCUGGAGACAAUGACAUAGAAACAUUGAAGAAUGUAAAGGCAUGCGACUGGGACUUUGACGAAGAGGCAUUCAGACACGUGUCCGAUGAGGGCAAAGACUUUAUCCGUAGACUACUGAUUAAGAAUAAAGAAAAACGUAUGACUGCACAUGAAUGUCUGUUGCACUCCUGGUUGACUGGUGACCACAGUGAUUUGACUGGCAGAAUCGCCAGCAGUCGUUACAUCCGGUUCCGUGAUAGAUUACGUGCUAAAUACGAAGACUGGGAGAAAUAUGUUCUGCCAAUUGGACGGCUGGCAGAGUACUCGUCGCUUAGAAAAUUACUUAUCGAAAAAUACAAAAUUUACGACUCGACCUUCGAUCGAAGGCAGGCAGCACCAAGAUUUGUCAUCAAACCACAAAGUGCUUUUACAUAUGAGGGACAGAGUGUUAAAUUCACGUGUCGCGUGAUAGCAAUCGCCGCUCCAACACUCACGUGGUUCCACAAUAACCAGGAACUCAGACAAUCUGUUAAAUUUAUGAAGAGGUAUAUUGGAGAUGACUACACCUUUAUUAUCAAUAGAUCCAAGUUGGAAGACAGAGGAGAGUACGUCAUUCGUGCUGAGAAUCAUUAUGGAUAUCGGGAAGAAGUUGUCUUCCUUAAUGUCCAACCUCUGCCGAGAGAAAUGCCGCCAUACAAACCGGAGGUCACUCCGAUACGCAGACGUGAGCCGUUACCACAAUACUUCUGGCUGGAGACAACAGAGUCUGCGCCCAGUUUCACCUUCGAGCUAAGACCUCGUGUCAUGCAGGAACGACAGACUUGCAAGCUGCUCUGUUGUCUCAGCGGCAAACCUCCACCCUCUGUCAGGUGGUUCAAAGACAGCCGCGAGUUAUCUAAACACGAGUACGCGAUGUCGCAUUCCGAUGGCGUCGUCACUAUGGAAAUCAUCGACUGCAGACCAUCGGACAGUGGAAAAUACAAAUGCGUGGCUACCAAUUGCCAUGGAUUUGAUGAAACCGAUUGUGUUGUCAUCGUAGAAGGAAUGGGUGAGACUGAAGAACAAGAAAAAUUAGCCAAUAGUAUCUUGCAUUCUGGAGACCGUCGAUUUAUUGAACACGCAAUUAAACCAGCGCCUGCACAAAUUGUUAUCAAACAACAAUUCAGCAGUUACUCGAGUCAAAAUAAAAACUCAGCAUUCUCAAGAUCGACGACUGACUAUUCUUCAGACAAGAAGAGUAUGAAGAAAUACGGAUCGAAAUUAGACUCUACUGGUAGCCCAUCAAGAUCUAGAAAUGCAACGAAAGAACUUUUAUACCCAUCAGAUGAUUCAAUGCGACAGCCCGAAUUUUUGACGAAAUUGAAAGAUCUUAAAGUAAACGACGGCGAGCAAUUGGAAUUGAGUGUAAAAGUUGAUGGUGAUCCUGAACCUCAGAUUACGUGGACAAAGAACGGAAAAACUUUGAGGUCAUCGGAAGUAGUAGACCUUAAAUACAAGAACCGAGUAGCAACUCUUGUAAUAAAUGAAGUAUUCCCAGAAGAUGAAGGUGAAUACACGUGUAAAGCAACAAACAGUAUGGGUACAACAAGUACAUCAUGUAAAUUAACUAUCAAACCAAUGACAAAUGCGAGUGGUAAAAAAUCGGGCGACGACAAACCGCCGAAGAUUGUCGACCAUCUGAAGAGCAUGUACGUCAAAGACGGGGAGUCAGUCGUACUGAGCUGCCGAAUAAUUGGCGCCAAGAAGUUCGACGUCGUCUGGCUUCACAAUAACAAGGAAAUAAAACCCAGCAAAGACUUCAAUUACACAAAUGAAGCCAAUAUAUAUAAGCUUACUAUUGCGGAAAUUUUCCCCGAGGAUUCAGGCACUUACACGUGCGAGGCAUUCAACGACGCCGGUGAAAGCUUUUCUUCAUGUACACUCAAUGUUCUUGUUCCUAAUGAGGAACCAAAGAGCCCAGUGUUCGCGACAUUCCCAGAGUCGGCAACAGUAAACGAAGGUGAAUCAGUAAACUUUGCCUGCCGGACUGAAACUGCACCACUAAAGGUAACAUGGCUGAAAGAUGGUAAACCAAUUGACGAAUCAAGUAGCAGAUAUCUAUUUAGUUCAGACGGCGAUAAAUCCUUCGAAAUACGUAUUAAAUCAUGUACAGCUGGUGAUAUUGGUCAGUACACCGCGCGAGCGAUUGGUAAAAAGGGCGAAACAAUAUCAGCGUUUGCAUUAAAUGUCACAAAUCCUCACGAUCAGUGAGUGUCGCUGACACUUUAAUUAAUUAUUAUUAUUUUUUUUUUUU